AUGGUGGCUGUUGGUCUUCCAGACCCGUUGACUGGAUUUCACCACAAAGAAGAUCACUCAGCCAUUUAUUGGUUUUGUGAGCACGCGAGUGGAGAGGGUUGGGGCGAGUACCAAACCCUGGUUCGCGGUACUUGUUAUCGCGAAGGUUUCGAGGACUGGCCGGCACACCUUAAGGAAAUCUUCUCCACGUGGGGCCAAGUGGCCUCCAUAGAGAUGCCGAUGGACCACAUGCAUCCCGAAUUCAGUCGUGGCUACGCCUACGUGGAAUUCUCCUCUGCUCAGUCCGCCUCAGAUGCCGUUAACUACAUGAACGGGGGCCAACUCGAUGGGCAGGAGGUCAGCGUUACGGAGGUUAUGCCAAGAACCUUCAGACACUCUUCGCCUCCUACACAUCGUGAGCGGCAUCGCUCUCCCGGAAGGACCUCUGACCAACGCAACGUAGACGCAGAAAAGGAUCGGGGCGGUCAGAUGCGAUCGCUUCGGGGCCGCGACGAGCACGGCGCC